AUGAUUGUGCUGAGUGCAGACGAACGCAGGUUUGAUCCCGCGCAGGACGGGACGCCUGUCGUUAUGCGGUCGGUCUUCCGCCAGCUCUUUUUCUGCGUCGUCCACAGGAUGCUGGGGUACUACACCUCAAAACGCCGCAAGUCCUCCUCGCUCGCUUCUCCCCCAUCCGUCAUCCUCCAGUCCCCCGCAUACGCCGACGCCAUCCACGACUCCCCCGCAUCCACCUCCUUCGCUUCUCCCCGACUACAACAAGCCAGCCCGCCUUCCUCCUCUCGAGAUCGUAGCCACUCGCCCAAUGCUCCGAUAACGCCUGUGGGGGGCCAUAUUGGGCUGCGGCAUACGUCGCCUGAUGGGCCGGGUCGGCUGGUGGCUGCAAAGGACUUUGCGAAACCCCCGCGGUCUGACCCUGUUGCUCAAGAUGGUCCAAGUGCCAAAGAGCUACCCAGUAUCCACCAAGACAAAGACCGGAGCACGCUCAACUCAGAACCUUUCACUCUCCUGUCCGAACACACCACCUCCCGCUCGACUCUCCCGACCCACGCCCCUCCUCCGCGGCCAAGCAGGCCUAUAGACGUUAAGAGUAUACCGCCUGCAAGCGUGCACGACGCCUAUGUGUCGGGGUUCAUCAAGCCGUCCGUGGCGCUGGAUAUGGGGGUAGGGGGAGAGCAACAUCGGCCUUCUAUCCAUCGGUCGUCCUCUGCACCGGGGGAAGCGAACCAUGCUCUAUUACCCUCCGCUUUACCGCAGAGUCCCGAGAAGAAGAAGGCGUCGAAAGCCGUGAUACCACAGCCUGUAUUCGAGAUCUUCAACGCGGAGAUAUCUGAAGAUGGGGACAAUCUCUGCCGCAAUAUGCGAGGCUAUCUGGACAAGGCGUUCAAAGGGCAGGAAGAGGUUGCAAGGAUGCACUUGGCUCUGGAAGCGCUGGGGGAGAACGAUGAUCAAGUGGGGAAAGAGAACAAGGAAGGGGGGGAUGAAGCAAAGGUUGAGAUGUCGCUCGAAGCUCGAGAGAAGGGCGUGGACGAGAUCAUGCAAAAGCUUGAUGCUCUAUCAGACUCUCUACGCACGUACCACGAUCUAGGGACUCCUAGACUAUCCUUCCAACACCCUCACCCGCAAGGAUUCAGACCACGCACAAAUACCGUCGACAUCGGUACCCUCUCCCAACAUCCCACUUUCGACUUCCCGCACGACGCCCCAGCAGAAGAACAAAAUUCUCCUCAGACGACCACUUCUCAGAGACCUUCCCCACCGACGUUUGUCCGCUCGCAUUCAGACGUCGAGCUGUCUCCGCUGUCCAAAAACCCGGCACGUAUAAAGUCGCCUUUGCGAAACGCAUUCAUCCCGAGCUCGGCGGUCGUCAGUGAUGAAGAGGAUGAAGUCUCUUCUGAAGCGCCAAAGCUUCCAAGAAGGGGGCCGAGUGCCAACCUUCCGCCAUUGCGGCUUUCCAGGGAACCCAGUCUUGACGAUGUGGGGAAAGGCAAGGGGAAGGAAAAGCCAAAGACAUUUUGGGAGAGAGAGCAGGAGAUGGAUAGGCAGAAGGCGAAUAAGCAGACGUGGCUUGAGGAUGUUGGUGGUGGCAUGACGGAUAGUCCGGUGGAGAUGGGAACGAGGGGACAAAAGCCGUUCUAG